AUGAUUAAACCUUAUCAGGAGUCAAUUGGACAAUGUAGGGCCUGGAAUGGACCUACUUCAACAAGUAAAAACCGUCAGAAAGCUGAAACACUUGGGAAUACUUUAUUCAUUAUUGACGCGACGGACUUCGGAGGCAUAGAAAUAUCAACAUAUUCAGAUUUUCCACACGAAGAAGAAGUCUUACUUCUACCCGAAACAUCAUUUACAGUUAUCGACGUUAAGGCUGACACCAAAACAAAAAAAACUAGCAUUUACUUGAAAACACAUUAUAAAAAAGAACUGGAACAACUAUGUACUCAAUACGAAACUGGUGAAUUACGCGAAUUAAUUCCAAGUUCGAAUACAAGUAUAAAUGUAGUUCCAGAUAGACGAUUUGUGAUAGUUGGCCUUAAUUCUGAUGAAUUUACUUCUAUAAUUGGAAAAUUGAGAAAUCACACUGAACAUUUAAUUAUUCAAAUCAAUACUGUUAAAGAGUUUGAAGAAUAUGUAAAUUCAAACACAGAGAUCAAAAUAACAAUUUUCAUCGGAAAUCAACAGUUUUUUUAUUUUUCGUCGAUUAUACAACAUGCCGAUACCAUUGAUAGUAUUUAUGUACUUGGCGGCAAAAGUGACACACAAUCAAUGGAGACGAACAUGAAAAUAGAAUUAAGAUUUACGUCUGUAAACGAUUUUUUAUCGGAAUUGGUAGAUCAACUGGCGAAUGAAUAUCGAGAAAAAGCGGAGUUCCUCGAAAGGCACGGUGAAAUUAGUUUAGCAAAUGAAAAGCACGACAUAGGACGCAAAAUAUACGAAACAUGGAUGACGCAUGCUGUUCAGCCAUCAGAAUACAAAGCACCACAGUGCAGCACAAUGGGACAAUUGUCAUUUCUUUUAUUUCAAACGAAUGCCGCUAACCAAGCGUUAAUCAUUAAAGAAAAAUUUGAACUGGUAACCGGCACAAUAUUGUUUUCUACCAGCAGUGAAAACCGUUGUUUAGAAUAUUUACAACUGAAUGCGACGAAAGAUUUUCUGAUAAUUAUAUGUGGAAAUGAUUUACCAGAAGCGAUUUGGAAAUCUGCCAAACGUUUUCCACAAAUAUAUGCUAUAUAUCUUUUCUGUUCUAACAACUAUUUCGAUACCGAUGGAAAAAUUCGAGGUACUUUUGAGAACGAAAAUAAUCUGUUUUAUCGGCUAACAAAUGAUGUUAUCGAUUAUUAUACUCUUGAAGCUGACGUUUACAUGCGUUCGGCUCAGCCUAAAUUGUCUAAUGACAAAUAUCAAGAAGCACUCAAUAUGAUGCAGGAUAAAUGUGGUCAAUAUCAUAAAGUUCAAAAGAUAUUUAUGCAGGAUCAAAAUAGGUUAGAGUACGAAUUAGUACACUUUGGUACUGACUAUUGCCAAGAAAUUGGAGAUCAGCACAACAAAGCCGAUAACGCAGUAGUAGCUGAAAUGUGUUAUCGAGAUGCACUACGACUGGUACCAGUACAAGUUGAGCACUUGAAGAAGAAACUUGAACAACAACAAACACAAGAAACGAUACCAGCGGAAAUUAGUGAAUUAAACGAACCUCAAGCAUCUGAUCACCCAGUAAUAAACGGAGAAAAAGUCGGUUUGUCUCCUUCAAUUGGAAUGCUAUCAACUAAGUUAUAG